AUGAAACUUGCCGUCGGCCUCGUGCUCGCAGCCGUCGCUGCUGUCGCCGUGAGCGCUGGCGACCCGGCGACACUGUCGACAAAGGAGGAAGCCACGAAAACCACGAAAACGACCAAGUCGGAGAAAACUGGUACUGCUCCUAGCAGCGGCAUCGGCAGCUUGUUCGCGGAUGGCUCCAACGGUGUUAUUGGGGAUGAGAGUGCAGCUGGUGUGAAAACAGACCCUAAGCUGCUCAAAUCGAUUGGUAUCAUGGGCAAGGAUGGCUCCGGGGGAUUAAACUUAGGUCCUGGCCCUGCGGUGUACCCUAGCGACUCAGGCUCGUGGGACUGGAGCUGGGACUCGAUCGAAGGCUCCGGCAGCUCCCAUUACGACUGUGAUACGGAGUGCCCGGACGACUUCAACCCUGUUUGCGGUUCCGACCAUGUCACUUACACGAACGACUGCGCGUUUACAGUUGCUCAGUGUAACGCGACCGAACUAGUCGUGGCAAACUCUGGUGAGUGCGCAAAAAGCUCUUCUGGCAGCAACGCUGAGUCCUGCCCUGAUGCCUGUACCAUGGAAUACUCGCCCGUGACCGAUGAGAAUGGUAAAAAGUACUCCAACGAGUGCGCUAUGCGGCUAGCCAAAUGCAAGGGUGAGGCUGGCGAAGAGAAGAAAAUUGUCACUUUUGCAGCUCUUGACGAAACUACUGAUGAGAAGGGAGCCAAGGAGACCCCUGCCCCGGCCUCCAAGACCACGAAGGCUACCAAGUCUGAGAAGACUGGCACCGCUUCCGGCAGCGGUAUUGGUGCGCUAUUCGAGGAUGGAUCGAAUGGUGUUAUCGGCAGCGAAGACAAGUCAGGUUCAGCGGAUCCCACCCUGGUAAAGGGUACUAAGGAGACCCCUGCUCCGGCCUCCAAGAUCACAAAGGCUACCAAGGCCGAAAAGACUGGCACCGCUUCCGGCAGCGGUAUUGGUGCGCUAUUCGAGGAUGGAUCGAACGGUGUUAUCGGCAGCGAAGACAAGUCGGGUUCGGCGGAUCCCACCCUGGUAAAGGGUACCAAGGAGACCCCUGCUCCGGCCUCCAAGACUACGAAGGCUACCAAGUCUGAAAAGACUGGCACCGCUUCCGGCAGCGGUAUUGGUGCGCUAUUCGAGGAUGGAUCGAACGGUGUUAUCGGCAGUGAGUCUGCCUCUGCUGAUCCUACUUCUGUGAAGGGCGUGAAGCCCGUUGCUGAGAAGACUGUUCCUCAAAGACUACGAAGAUUAUGUCGUAAAUUCUGA